CUGCUCAUUUACGGCGCCCUGCCUGCUUCAAUAGGAGUGGCUGAAGACAAGAGAAGAAAAGAAGUUUUCAGCAUGGCGUUUACACUCUAUUCGCUCAUCCAGACCGCAAUUCUGUGCACAAAUGCCAUCGCUGUGUUGCACGAAGAAAGGUUCCUCAGCAAAAUUGGAUCAGGUGUUGACCAGGGCGUCUCAGGUUUUGGAGAUGACCCGGGAAUCAAAGCCCAGGUCCUCAAUCUCAUCCGCUCAGUGCGAACUAUCAUGAGAGUGCCUCUUAUAAUAGUGAAUUCAGCUUCCAUUGUCCUGCUGUUGCUUUUUGGGUGAUAACCGGUCAGCAAGAUCAAGUAUCAAACUCAAGCUGGAGGACCAAGGAACAUUUCUGUCACACACGCGCGCAGUAGUCGUUCGGGUGGAAGCAGUGUUGUUUGUCUCCGAUUUAAAAAAAAAAAAAAAAAAAAAAAAAAAAAAAAGAUUCCUUCAGUCGAGCUAAAUCUUUUCUAAAUACUGUAAUUUAAUGUCAUAGUGCGUAACGGUAGCCGAGUGGUUAGUAUGUCUGCCUCACAGUUUGAGGUUCGGCACUCGACUCUCACCUCCGGCCUUCCUGUGUGAAGUUUGUAUGUUCUCCCUGUGCUUGUGUGGAUUUUCUCCGGGUAGUCCGGCUUCCUCCCACAUUCCAAAAUCAUGCAUUUCUGUUGAAUUGAACACUUUUAAUUGUCCUUAGGUGUGAAUGUGAAUGAUUGUCGAUGUGUGCCCAGCGAGUGACUGGCAACCAGUCCAGGUUGUAUGACCCGAAUGAGGAAAUGCAGUAUAGAUCAAUGGAUUUGUCAUAUAAUUUUUUUACACUCUUUCCCAAGCUCAAGUGGGUCCUAGGGAAGGAUUUGAAAAGGUUUUGAAGACGUGGACGACAUUAAGAUGGUGUAUACAUUAUGUUUUUUACGCCGUGGAGAUGCUUGUUACUGCAAGUCAUGUUGCAACUGUUGAUUUGGUUCUCAAAUUUGCCAAAUGUCUGAAAUUUUUUUUCGCAUUUGUGUGUUUUGUUCCUCUUGAUGUUGAGCUAUUAUUGUUAUAAUCCAAUACAAAAAUGUUUCCCUUUCAUCUUUCCACCUCUGUAUAAUAAAUGGUAACAGUUC